AUGGAAACACACUACAAGGGUAAGGUUGCAUAUAUUAGACCUUUCCCAGAUGUUGUAAUGGUGGAAGUUUUGUGCCCUGAGCUGCGCUUUAUAGAUGAAAAAGAGAGGGCAAAAGUUAAAGAACGGAUUGACAAGUGUAACAAAGAAAGAUUGCUGCUUCUAUGUCAGUUACUUGAUAUCCCUGAUAUGAAAGUCACCACAAAAAAGGAAGUAGUCUCAGCCAAAUUACUGGAAUUUUUGGAAUUCCCACAUGUUACCAAAAGUGUUGUACGUGCUGAGAAUGUGGAGAGGAGCAGAAAACAGAAGAGUAUCAAAGAGUCUGGUCAGAAGGUAUAUGGAAAAGGAAAAGCGAAAGUUAGCGGAGAGCCUCCUCCGGAACCCACAGAAAAAGAGGUGCGGAAGUUCAUCAUUGAUUGGGCGAAGGGAAUCGACUUCGUAAAAAGUGUUAUGGGCGACCUCUUCCGGCGAUUAGAGGAUCACUUCAAGAUGGACCUAUGUGAUAGAAAGGAAGAGUUAAAGCACAUACUCACCGAUAUAAUCUUUGAAGAGGAUGAUCAAGACGAUGAUACUGAUGAUUCUGGAGGAGAAGAUGCAUCACGUUCCGGAGAGGAUGCUGGACAAAAAGAUGCAGAAGGGUCGGAUGAGGAUGCUGGAGGAGAAGAAGAUGCAGAAGGGUCGGAUGAGGAUGCUGGAGAAGAAGAAGAUGCGGAAGGGCCAAGUGAGGAUGCUGGAGAAGAAGAAGGUGCAGAAGGGUCAAGCGAGGAUGCUGGAGAAGACGAAGAUCCAGAAGGGUCGGAUGAGGAUGCUGGAGAAGAAGAAGAUGCAGAAGGCUCAAGCGAGGCUGGAGAGGAAGAAUGUGCAGAAGGGUCAAGCGAGGAUGCUGGAGAAUAAAUACAGAGGGGAAGGUUCAGAAGAAGGUGGUGAUGUUUACGGUGUACGAAUGCUUGUUGAAAUGGACGCGUAGCUUUCACUAAUUUGCCACCUCAUGGUUGCAAGUUCGUGGAAGGUCAUCCAACUUCAGACUUCAUUGUCUUUGCAAACGGCGACCUAGCAGUUACUCCCUGACGUAAAUCAAUGAUUAGACCGCAUUUGACCUUCUUCUGCAAUGUACAGGGAACGUUCUUGUAUGUGAUUAAAUAGGAGAAUGCCUAGGCUAGCCCGGCUCUUUUCUCCGAGUUUUGGCUUGAUAGCUUUCAAAUGUGAUGUACCAUAUGGUAUGACAUUAUUGCCUAUCCGGUGCCUGCGGUCUUAAAACCGUACAGAAUCGAAUGAAAGCCUUUCAUAUUCAAGCCUUUGUUGAUCAAAUACGAAAUGAGUGGAUCCUUCGACUCUGUGACCAUUGAGAUUGUCGGAGCCAGAAUUC